GUGCUCGCGCUCGGCGCGCUCGAGCACCGCCUCGUCGACGAGCGCUUCGACGCCGACGACACGGCGGACUGGGCCGCGGGGCGCGUCGAGGCGCUGGAGCGCGCCGUCGCGCCUCCGGACGGCGUGGCCCUGGGGUGCCGCGCGCUCGCGGACGCGCCGCACCUGCUCGUCGCGGUCGCUCUCGCGGUCGCGAGCCUCGCGACGGCGGACCGGGGCCUCGUCGUCGUCGCGCUCGCGCUCGCGCCCCUCGUCUUCGUCGACCUCGGGCGCCUCGCGGCGCUGCGCGCCGUCGUCGACGGCAAGGCCGCGGCGUUCGACGCGGCGUUCAUGGACGCGCGCGCCGCGGACCUCGCCGCGCGCCGCAGCCCCGACUCGGCGGCGCUCGCGGCCGCCGCCGACGACCUGCGCUGCGCCGCGCUCCUGGCGCGCGACGGCGGCGGCGGCGGCCUCGAGCUCCUGGCCGCGCGCCACCUCCGGGGCGGCGACGCCGCGGGGCUCCUCGCCGCGUUCGGCCACCUGCGGCGCAUCCGCGUCGCCCUCGGCAGCCGCCGCUGCCGCGUGUCGCUGCGCACGCUGCAGACGUCGGCGCGCGUGAAGACGCUCGCCGUGGGCGUCGGGCGGCUCGCGUCCGCAGGCGCGGCGGCGUACGCGGCGGGCGGCGACGGCGGCACGGCGUCGGCCGUGUCGCUGUCGCUCGCGCUGGUCAACGAGGCGCGGCUCCUCCUGAGCGACCGCCACUCGGCGACGCGCCAGGUCGCGCGCGACGCGGCCGUCGUCGCGGAGAACGCCGCGCGGCUCUGGCGCGAGUCCGGCGCGGCGGAAUACGUCGACGACGCGCUCUUCGCGCCGGAGAACCGGUCGUUCUGGCAGUGGACGGCGGCCUACUCCGGCGGCGCGACGGCGGGCGCCGUCGUCGGCGGGCUCCUCGCGGGGCCGCUGGGCGCCGCGGCGGGCGCGGCGCUCGCCGGCGGGGGCGUCGGCGCCGCGCAGGCGGGCCUGCUCGAGGAGGCGCCGGAGGAGGCGGCGCUCCCGGCGCUGCCGGCGCCGCCGCCGCCGGAGGAGACGGACCGCUGGUCCGACGUCGACUCCGACGACGACCCCGUCGACGAGGCCGCGAGCCUCGCGGAGGUCGCCAGGGCCAAGGCCGCCAGGGCCGAG